AUGACAUUAUUUUCGACCUCUAAUGACCAUUCUCAAUCACAGGUAUACCCAGAUGGUCCCCGCCACCGCUACACCUUUGUGCCCCUACAUCUCGACUCAACAAUCAUAACACGCCUCCCUUUCCCCUCACCCUCUCCCAACGUCGAAUCGACAAUAACCAACCACCACCCUCCCUAUACCUCUCUACCUGACUUAACACAUGGCUGCCACCCCUAUUUCGUCAUCCAAAACGCAACGUCGCAAUUUGAGAUCCAAGCACGUGUACAAGAAUUGAGCGACGAGAUGUUGAGGCUUUAUGCCAGGUUGCGGUUAGUUUGGAGUUUAUGGGAGGAGGUAGCUGAGUUCCCGGUAGUGGAUGACGAUGAGGCUGAAGAGGUCUUUGGGGGACGCAGGGUGGAGGUAGAUAUGGAAACUGGGCAGGGAAGAGUCGUUGAACGGAAGGAAAGGAAAAGGCAUGAGGACGCAAUGCAUGAGAUGGAUACAGUCGAAAUGCAGGGAAAUGGAACGAUACAAGAGGAGAUGGAGAUGGACGCAUCAGACUCCGCGUUGGAACAGAGUGACGGUGGCGCCGUACCCUUCACCAUCACCGUGGAUGAGGACAUAAAACCUGAUAUCACACGGCUCGAAGCUUUACGCACUCGUCAAAAUCAUCGCGAUAUAGCGCAAAGCCCGUUACCGACGCCUCCGCCGACGUCUGCGCCGGUUAUCCAUGCAGCGAACGCUGUCGAUAUUCAGCCUACCAUAGCUGAGAAUAAUACUGCGCCUCUGCCCUCUCAAAGGUCUUCCUUCAUCGCGUCUAUUCAAUUCGGACUGCCAUCACCAUCCACAUCCGCCUCCGUCACUCACAAAAACCAGUCACCUCCUCAUCCGUCUCCGUCCACCCAACCAAACGCCUCAUCUUCGUUAUUUACUUUCUCUGCCGCCCCGUCAAACAUCUGGAACCUCCCACCGAGAGCCUCAUCAUCACCGUCACGCGUAACCUCGCCCGUUCCUCCCAGCUCCGCCACCAUAUUUUCUCCGGACUCACUUCCAAGAAAAAAGCCCGCCAUUCUUCUGAAGGCCGUGGAAGCCACGGAGGGCGUGAAAUAUAUUUCGACUCCUGGGCUCACGGGCAUAAAUUUCGCCAGAGGGCAUCAGAAUGCGGAUGCAUCAGGACCCCAAUCAAGCCGCUUGGAUUUAGUUCGAGCACGAGUGGAGAAGGAACGACCCGGGCACACUGUGGCAUCUACCCCGACUUCGACUUCGAUUGUACCUCCUUCACCUGGCCUUCCGGUGAAUCCUGCUACUGAAACCCCUAAUACUAACGACAACACCGCCGCUGCCACGAUCCCGACGUUCUCCACGACCUCACCCAUCCACCCAUCCACAUCCGCACUGACGGCCAGCAGCUCCUGCCAAAACAAAGAUACUGUCGACGAGCAGGACACGAACUCCAAUCCUCAUCCGCGUGAAAGUGCGGCGCUCGCAUUGCCACAGUCACAGAUAUCGACACAGCCAACUUUGCACCCGCGCGCUUCGAACUCUCCAGCGGCCAUCCCGACGUCGACGUCGUUAUCGUCUCAUGAGCGCUUGAUCCACCCAGGACGAUGGACUGAUGUAACCUCCACGCUAUUAGCAGGAGCGACUACUGCGAUACAGGGCGUUUCAGGGUCUUCGGCAUCGCCGUCAUCACCUUCAUUACCGCCAAUCGCAUACAUCAAAGCUGGAGAGGAGGAGGUCGAUGGUGAAGGUGAAAGGCUAAGGAAAGCUCGCAAGGUCGAGGAGAAUAUUGGCGGGAUAGAGUGGACGGAGAGGAUGGAUGGAGGUUCGGGAAGCCAUAACGGUAGAGGGAAGGCGAGAGCGUCAUUUAGGAGUGGACAUAUCCGAUUGUUUGCGCCGGGUGGGAGUGGGUGAGUAUACCGAGGAUCUGAGCAGGAGACGGUGAAGGUGGUGAAGACUAGGUUGGGGCCUUGGAAGACGCAGAACAUCCAGGCCUGGAAGACAAUUUGGUUUACACUUUCCCAAGUAAGGCGUCGCUCUUCGAACUGCCCUCGCUGUCGGCAUCCUCACAGGGUGCCCGGGGGAAGAGGAAAGAAGAACUGGGAGGGCGCACAAAGUCCAGGAGGAUAUUGGGUGACAUAUGGAAGGGAUCGAGUGUAUGGAGGACGGCGAGGCGAGUCAUGAUGCGCUCGACGAGGGGAGAGCAAGAUCGUCAUACUGAAACGGGAAGAGUCGAAUUUUUGCGCCGAGCGGUGAGGAGGUGAGUGAGAAAUCGAGAAGGUGAAGGAGGAGAUGGUGACUGGCAGAUGGACCUUUGCGUAGGU